AAUUAGAUUAUAAUUUAAUUUAGAGUGAAAAACAAUUAAUUGGAGGAGUUUAUACUUAAUGGGUAUUCCUACAAGGGCGUGUACUUAAAUGAAAUCCCUCCUCCUCAUCCAUUAGAAGAGGGGAAGGGAGAGUAGCAUCGGAUGAAAGUGCGAAAAACCACACCAAACGGCUAUAAUUGACGUUACAAGAGUUAGAGAGGGAAACAGAGAGGCUCAAAGAUCGUAGCUUUAGUGGGUUUUGUUGCAAUUUUGGCAUCAAGGGGUUGAUCUAGUUUCAAUCUUUUGUUAGUGAUAGAUAGAGGAGUGUUGUUACUCAUAACCCAACAACAACAAAAACUUUGUUUUGUUUUCUUAGGUUGUUCUGUUUCACCAUGUCUGAGGGGUAUUAUAAUUCGAAGAAGACUGAUGAUAUCUGCGAUAAUGUUUGUGGACAGCAGGGUACUCGUGGAGUGCUGAGCCUGUCUAGACUCAAGUGUAUUUUACGGGGAUUGGACUUGAAGACUUAUGUUAUUCUAUUUAUGGUCAUUCCCGUAGGCAUCUUCGGUCUCUAUUUACAUGGGCAGAAAAUCUCCUACUUUUUAAGACCACUGUGGGAAUCUCCUCCAAAAUCUUUCCAAGAAAUCCCUCACUAUUAUCACGAGAACGUGUCGAUGGAGUCUCUCUGCAAGCUUCAUGGGUGGCGAAUUCGAGAGUCACCAAGACGAGUCUUUGAUGCUGUUCUGUUUAGCAACGAAGUUGACAUGCUUACCAUCCGUUGGAAAGAAAUAUAUCCUUAUGUGACUCAAUAUGUACUUCUUGAAUCGAACUCAACAUUUACUGGAUUUGUCAAACCGUUGCUAUUUGCGAGCAAUAGGGACAAGUUCAAGUUUGUUGAAUCACGGCUGACAUAUGGGAUGAUUGGAGGAAGGUUCAAGAAAAAGGAAAAUCCUUUUAUUGAAGAGGCGUAUCAAAGAGUUGCCCUGGAUCAGCUUCUGAGGAUAGCAGGCAUUGAAGAUGAUGAUCUCCUGAUAAUGUCUGAUGUUGACGAGAUUCCAAGUGCGCACACAAUCAAUCUCUUGAGAUGGUGUGAUGACAUCCCUCCAAUUCUUCACCUUCAACUGAGGAACUACUUAUACUCUUUCGAAUUCUUUCUGGACAAGAAAAGUUGGAGGGCAUCGAUCCAUAAAUACCAGACUGGUAAGACUCGGUAUGCUCAUUACAGACAGGCUGAUGUGCUGUUGUCAGAUGCUGGCUGGCAUUGCAGCUUCUGUUUCCGACAUAUCAGCGAAUUCAUAUUUAAGAUGAAAGCUUACAGCCAUUAUGACCGUGUGAGGUUCCCUCAUUACCUGAACCCUGACAGGAUUCAGGAUGUGAUAUGCAAAGGAACUGACUUAUUUGACAUGCUUCCUGAGGAGUAUACAUUUAAGGAGAUCAUUGGGAAAUUGGGACCUAUUCCUCAUUCUUAUUCAGCAGUACAUCUACCAGCAUAUUUGUUGAAUAAUGCGGACAGAUACAAGUUCUUGUUGCCUGGUAACUGCAAGAGAGAAAGUGGCUGACUUUGAAUGGUAUAGGUGGUUACUUCUUUAAUGUGUAUUAUUACACCAAAAAGGGGCUAUAUUGAAUGAUUUAUGGCUAUGAAUGUAGGUCAUUUUUUAGAGGGGUAUUCAGGGAAGAAUUUGACAGGAACCUCUGUAUAUCCAAUUUGAAGGACUGGGGUGUUAAACCGGUAUUGGGGGGUGGAGACACUUGAGAUUCUCAAGUGAGGAGGGUGAGGGAAAUGGUCUUUUAUGAUGAUGGCCUUUGGGCAAGCUUUUGUGUACCUUCUUCUCUUAGGGAGGGUAUGCAUAAACCCCCCAACCUGCCUAAUGGUAGCAUGACAUUUUCCCAAAUCUCUUGGGCUGUUAUACACAUAGUCUAAACACUUUGGUUGUUAACUGAUUCAUCUUUAAUUUAAUUUCUCGACUGUAUUUAAUUUCAAGUGAUGCUGUAGUACACACUCCAGUGCCCAGUUUGAACCAUCAGUGGAUUCAGUACAACCUCUCAUCUUAAAAGUUGGAAUUUCUCUCAUUAAUAAAGACUGCAUGUUU